CUCUCCCGCGCACCCCGGGCGGGCGCUCCUGCACGGCUCCUGUCUCUCCCAGCUCCCGAGCCGGAGCCCUGCUCCCACCGCGGCGCAGAGCCAGCCCCCGCACCGGAAGGGGAAGCGCCGCCCCGGAGGAAAGGCAAAGGCAGCUUUGCAUGAAGUUUGCUCGGGACAGAGUCUUCGGCUGAGCGGGGCAGGUUGGUCCACACACUGAAGUGCUCCUCAUGGUGUAACCGUAUUUAAGAUGGCAUUGUUCCUAUCUGCCUUCCAUCAGAAGGUCUUAGACUGGAACAAGGGAAUAUCAAGUUAAGUGGAAUUUUACUAUUACAGCACCUGAAGAUGGAAAGUUGGUCAGUUGAUGAAGUCUGCAACUGGUUGGUGCAGAGAAAUUUAGGAGAAUUAGUCCCUAAGUUUCGUGAGGAAGAAGUGAGCGGAGCAGCUCUUUUGGCUCUUAAUGAUCGUAUGGUGCAGCAGCUGGUGAAGAAAAUUGGGCACCAAGCAGUACUAAUGGAUCUGAUUAAUAAAUACCAGCAACAGAAUAAUGGACUAGAAUCUUUUACUUACAGUUGUGAAAUAACUCCUCCAAAGUCACCAGAAGCAAACAGUGGCACCAUGGGCGUCCAGGUGUUCAGUCCUUUUAGUCCUACGGAGCAGACAGGUUAUAUCUCUCCAACUGAAAAGUAUGAUGGUGGAUUAAUUGACCGAAGAGUGCUAAAGCAGAAAAAAAAUAUGAAACAUGUUUUUGCACGAUGUGAAACAGUACAGUGGACAAACUCAUAUGUUUUGCCAGAGUUUCCUUAUGAUGUCCAAUGCAUAUUAGAAGAAAGGAAAUGCCCUGACCACAGCAUGAGAAUAAGGAUUAUUGAAUUUUUACAGGCAGACAUGACAAAAUACCUGGAAGGAUCACUGUAUCCAAACAGUCAGCAGUAUAAUGUUGUCGUCAAUGCAUUGCUGCAGGCAUACCCGUUCCUUGAUGAGGAUGGGAAUGGCUUUUUGCUAUGGAAACGAGCCCUUAAAGAUCGCUUCAAAUAUGUGCGGAGACCAAUUGAAGAUGAUGAGCAGGUUAUAAGGAACAAAUGCAAGUUUGGUCACAGGCGAGGACAGACAAAGAAAUCUUCUGCUGAAAACAGAUGUGAUGAAAUCCAAAUGGUGCAAAUAAAAGAAGAGAUUGUUUAUCUUGAAGGACAUGACGCUGAGAUGGAUGAACACAUUGUCUGGUUUAAGCAAGAAUAUAUGAAAACAGAGAGGAACUGGGAAGAAGUUGAUAAAAGGAUGAACAAGACAUUAGAAAUGCGAAGAAAGAUGAUCAGUAACAAGGCACCUUUGAAAGAGAUUCUCCGACUGUUUCCUUUCUUAAGAUGUCCUUAUGAGCUUUUUAGGGAGUUCCAGCUCCUUACACACAUGGAUAUUUAUAAGAAAACAGUGGAAAUUUUGGAGAUUUAUUCAGGAAACAUAUUGACUUUGUACUCGGUGAGAAAUAAUCCAAUUAAUGUUCUGCUGCGAGAAAAUCUGAAACAGCACACAGAGGAAGAUAUUCUGAAAUAUAUGAAAAUGACUGCCACAUGCUUACUUCUACCAGAUGUCUUUGGAGAUGAUUCCAGUCUGUUCACUGCUGUGAAUGAGGAGGUGAAGGUGUUGACACCAGUCUUGGAAGUAAAAAAUCCCUUCAGUGUUAAUACAUGUGAGUUUGCUUUGUACAUCGAAAAAGAGAAACUGGCCCAGCUGGAUGAUUGUACUAUGGCUCUAGCUGCUCUGUUGGCUGCAUUUCAUGUGUUCGGCAUCCAGUAUCCAAAAAGGAUCCACAACACAUUUCACUUUCUAGAAUCACUGAUUUUGGAGAUGAAAAGUCCACAAUCCCUCCCAAAGAAGGUAAAGAGAAAACUGGAAGAACUUGAAUGUCUGAACAUUUAAUGAUGUCCAAAACACUUGUCUCAGGGGAAUGUCUUUUGGAGCAGUUGACUCUUUGUCAGAAGAAAUCGUUUGUUGUAAAGAUAAGUUGGUGUAAUUCUUUCCAGUGGAAUUGUAUUAAUAUUUAUAACUCAGCAAUUUUUUUUAUUGUACUGGCUGCUUUUUUAGUUUUGAAAACAUGAGCAUUUUCAUUAUUUUCAAUGGAAAUUCUAGAGCAACUUUAGCCUUACUUGAAAAAAUAAAAUUUUAUAAUUAGA